AGUCCUAUUUUCUCAGAUUUUGAUUGUCAUUCGAUAAAAGAUACGAUUGUAAGGAGAAAGAUUGCUAGCUAGCAGAACGCUUCACUUUAAAGAUAGCUGAAAAGCUGUCGGUUUCAAAUGUUAGCUGCUUGACGCAACGUAUUGGUGAACAGGUAAGGUCUUUAGUUAAUGAAGAUUUAGUUAUUGUAGUAAAAUGAGCCCAGCCGAAAAAGGAAUUUGUCGUCGAUUGAAAAGGAAGGUUUAGGAGCAUGGAAAAUAGUAGGGCACAGUUUCCAUUUCCCUACCAGCCCUAUAACAUCCAGGAGGAGUUCAUGCAAGCCCUGUACAGUGCACUUGACAAAGGCAAAGUUGGCAUCUUUGAAAGUCCCACUGGAACGGGCAAGUCACUGAGUCUGAUAUGUGGAGCACUGAGCUGGCUCACAGAUUAUGAGGAGAGAAAGAGGCAGGAGGCAGCUGCUCUGUUGCAGGAAGGAGAAGCAGCUCUUUCCACUAAUGCUGCUCAGUCCUCUGCAGUCAGUUCCUCAGCAGAGCUGGACUGGAUCACUGACUUUGUACAAAAAAAAGCAGAACGUGAUUUAGUGUCAAAGUUGAAGGAGGAAGAAUUGAAGAGGAAGAAGAGAGAAGAACGGUUAGAAAUGAUCCGAAACAAUGUCCAGCUAAAGUAUGCGGUUAAGCGAAAGAGCUAUGAAGAGGAUGAGGCAUUCAAGCUGCUUCAGCUCAGUAAGGAGGAGCAGGUCGAGGCAACAGGAGAUCAAGAAGACGAGGAGCUGAUCAUUGCAGAAUAUGAGAGCGAUGAUGAAUCAAAGAUUAAGAGCAGAUUCUUUGGAGCUGAAAAAGAUGAGGAUGAUGAACUGGUUGAAGAACAUGUUACUAAGAUUUACUACUGCAGCCGCACUCAUUCCCAGUUGGCCCAGUUUGUCCACGAGGUACAAAAGAGCCCCUUUAGCAAGGACAUCAGUGUGGUCACACUGGGUUCACGGCAGAAUCUGUGCAUCAAUGAAGAAGUGCGGCGGCUGGGCAGCAUCCAGCGCAUAAAUGACCGCUGCAUGGAGAUGCAGAAAAACAAGCACGAGAAGCAUCAUCACGAAGAGGGUGUAAAACGUAAGCGAGGCCCAGCAAAGAGCGUGUGUCCCUAUAAUAAGGCUUCAGCACUGCAGCAGAUGCGAGAUGUAGUUCUGGGGGCUGUUCAUGACAUAGAGCAGCUUUUGAAGCUGGGCAGAGAAACACACUCGUGUCCUUAUUACUCUACACGUCUCGCUAUUCCCCCUGCACAGCUGGUUGUGUUACCUUAUCAAAUGGUGCUUCAUGAAGCUACAAGACGAGCAGCAGGUGUCCAGCUAAAGGGACAGGUGUUGAUCAUAGAUGAAGCUCAUAACCUUAGUGACACUCUCUCCUGUAUACACAGUGCAGAGCUCAGUGGAGCACAGCUUUGUCGUGCUCACUCCCAGCUCAGCCAGUAUGCUGACCGCUAUAAGAGCAGAUUGAAGGCAAAGAACCUGAUGUACAUUAAGCAGAUCCUGUUUGUGAUUGAGGGACUUGUUCGGGUGCUGGGAGGUAAGGUGGGGCAGAGUCCACAGAGCCAGACUACACAACCAGGAACAGAGAUGCUCACCAUCAAUAACUUUCUCUUCAAGGCUCAGAUUGACAAUAUAAAUUUGUUUAAGUUACAAAGAUACUUUGAGAAGAGCAUGAUCAGCAGGAAGCUGGGGGGUUUUGUGGAGAAGUAUGCAGGCUCAGGUGUGACUCUGCACACACACUGCAACAACAAGGAGAACCGACGCACAGAAGGCUUAAACCGCUACCUUCAGACCCUACAGAGCAACCAGAACCCUGGAACAGUUCCUUCAGCUGACCAGCAGGAGUCCGUAGAGACGGAAAAAGUCCUGUCUGCAUCUCCAAUGAUGCAAGUGGAGGGUUUCUUCAUGGCUCUCACUAACAGCAACACUGACGGCAGAGUGGUGGUGCACAAACAAGGGUCUUUGUCGGAGAGCAGCGUCAAGUUCCUUCUGUUGAAUCCGGCAGUCCACUUUGCCCAGGUGCUGAAGGAGUGCAGAGCAGUCAUCAUUGCAGGAGGAACUAUGCAGCCUGUUUCAGACUUCAAACAAGAGCUUCUGUUUUCUGCUGGGGUGGGAGAGGAGCGCAUCACUGAGUUUUCCUGUGGUCACGUAAUUCCUCCGGAGAACAUCCUUCCUCUCGUGUUGUGCAGUGGCCCGUCUGGUCAGGAGCUCGAGUUCACUUUCCAAAACAGAGACACGCCUCGAAUGAUGGAUGAGACCGGGCGCAUUCUCUCCAACAUUUGCAACGUGGUUCCCGGGGGCGUGGUGUGCUUCUUCCCUUCUUACGACUACUCGAAGAGGAUCAUUUCUCACUGGGAGGCCAGCGGUACACUUACUCGAUUGGCUAAUAAGAAGAAGAUCUUUCAGGAGCCAAAGAAGGCCAACCAGGUAGAGCAGGUGCUGAAUGAGUUUUCCCGUUGUAUCCAGAGGUGUUCUGCGGACUGCAGUGGACUCACAGGAGCAUUGUUGUUCUCUGUGGUUGGGGGAAAGAUGAGUGAGGGAAUCAAUUUCUCCGAUGAUUUGGGCAGGUGUGUAGUGAUGGUGGGAAUGCCCUAUCCAAACAUCAAAUCCCCAGAGCUGCAAGAAAAGAUGUCAUAUCUGGACAAACACCUGCCUCACAGUCAGGGGAGGAGUCCAGGACAAGCUCUAAUAGAAAACCUCUGCAUGAAGGCUGUCAAUCAGUCUAUAGGAAGAGCUAUUCGUCAUCGGGGCGAUUAUUCCUCCGUUGUGCUGUGUGACAGGCGUUACUCCCGGCCUGCUACGCUCUCUAAACUUCCCACAUGGAUUAAAGAUCGCACUACCACGCACACGACGUUUGGCCCUGCUUUUGCUGCCUUACGAAAGUUCUUCCUGGAAAAGAAGCAGAAACAAGCAUAGUUCCUCUCCCAAAGGACCCAACUAACAUCUCCCUAAUAUUCACGGAGACUUGUGUUAGGAUAAGAAAAUGAUGUGCAACUGCAAGAGGGGGGGGGAAGAGACA